AUGCGAGGAGUGAGAGGGACAAGAGGCGGUCAGACAGAGAAUAAGAAGACUGAGUCAACUCAUACAGAGAGAGGACAUCGGGUGGACGGUGAAGACGCAAUGGAGGAGGAAGCACUAAAAGGAGCAUCAUGUGUUGAGGAUGACAAUGGCAGAGAGCCAACGCUGAGUGACCUGGCAGGGAUUAUCCGGUCAUUUGCGGGUCAACAGGAGGCCCGGGAAGAAGAAUGGAGAGCGCAAGCCAAACGCCAGGAGCACCAGUUCAAGGCACUACAGCAUCAGUUUCGCCUUCUGCAGCAAGAGGUCGAGGAUCGUACAUCUCCAGUCCCCGAGCCUACUUCCACAGUACCGGAUCCCUUUGAGGACCACAAUUUGAAUGAGAAUCAUCCAAGAGCUCAAGCCUCACCCUCUACAGAGUCGGUCCACCCUACUAUGUCUUCAGUAGGUCAGUCUCGAUCUCUUUAUGAGCCUAGACUUGAAAAAUUAACAGAAAAUGAUGAUGUUGAACAUUUCCUAAUUACGUUUGAGAGAAUUGCAGUAACAUGUCGGUGGCCAAAAGUGGACUGGGUUUUUCGCCUCCUUCCACUGCUGACUGGUAAGGCCAGAGGAGCCUAUGUGCAUAUGGAUAUGGAUGAUGCUCAUGAAUAUGAUAAAGUGAAAUCAGCGAUUCUAAAAAAGUAUGAUAUUAACCCUGAGACCUACAGGCAGAGGUUCAGAUCCCUCCAUGUGGAACCUGAGGAGAGCCCCCAGGAGCUGUAUGGGAGGCUGAAAGAGCUGUAUGUCAAAUGGAUACAACCGCAAGGUAAAACACUUCAUGAAAUUAGUGAAGUUCUGAUCAUGGAACAAUACUUGAGAAUGCUGUCCCCUGAGCUUCAGGUUUGGGUAAAGGAGCAUGGGCCGAAAUCUGCUGCUGAAGCUGCCACUCUUGCGGAUGUGUUUGUGGCUGCCCGGGAAAAAGGCCAGCCAUGGAGUAGUAUGGGUGGCAAGGACUGCCACAGGCCCAUACCCCCUCAGCACCAACAGAGGUCGGCAUCAGGAGCGGGUAAGCCUUCCAUGAGGGAGAACCAAUAUGCACCACCCAGAGCUCCUAACCGAACACCAAUUUGUUACUUUUGUGGACAGGAAGGUCAUAUUAAACCGAUGUGCCCAAAGAAUCCAGUCAAGCUGACCCAGAUGUGUUUUGUUCCACGCCAGAGUGUUAACCCUGAACCCAAAGGUAACUAUAUCAGGAAAAUGGUUGGUGUUAAAAUCAAUGGGGUAAACCUCAGAGCCCUGAUUGACACUGGCAGCACUCAGACCCUUGUACAGAGAAAGUAUGUACCAGCUAAUGCUAUCUGCACCUUGGAGACGGUUCCUAUUUGCUGUGUACAUGGUGAUGAGAAGUCUUACCCCACCGCUGAUAUUUAUCUGGAGAUAGAAGGACAGGCUUAUCUGUUAAAUGUGGGAGUUGCGGAUCACUUACCUUUCCCUGUAGUUUUGGGUGAAGACCUGCCUGUGCUCUAUGACUUGAUAAAGCCAGUUCAAAGUUGUAAUGUUGUCACUAGAGCUCAAGCUAAGCAGGUGGAUGCAGAUUCCAUAGCUCUCAGUGCCUUGCCCUUCUAUGAUGCGGAGUUUGAGUCAUGUCCCGGGAAGGCUCAUAAGACCCGCAGUCAGAGAGGGCAAGACAAAUUUCGGGGCACGGCCAUACAACCACCAGCCGAGACUACGCCAGAUAUGCCCCUGGGUUUUCAAAUACCUACUGAUAUAAUGCAAAUGCAGGAAAAUGAUCCAACUUUGUCUACCCUUUUGCAGAGAGCACGAGAAAGGAAGCAGAUUAACUCUAAUGACAGGGGAAAGGAGUAUGUCCUACAAAACGGGGUUCUUUAUCAUCAGAAUGGCCAGGUGAAGCAGCUAGUGGUCCCACAGGCGGCCCGAGAAAUAGUACUUACCUUGGGCCACUCAAUUCCCUGGGCUGGCCACUUAGGGAAACACAAGACCACAGCUCGUAUCAAGCGCCAUUUCUAUUGGCCAGGUUUGCAAUCUGACAUUGCCCAUUUCUGUAGAAGCUGCUCUCAGUGCCAAAAGACAUCAAUGAAAAGUCCCUCCAAAGCUCCACUUCAACCUCUCCCAGUUAUAAGUAUCCCCUUUGAACGCCUUGGGAUGGACAUUGUUGGUCCGGUGGAGAAAAGCAAAACAGGAAACCGUUUCAUGUUGGUAGUAACAGACUAUGCAACCAAAUAUCCAGAAGUCUUCCCAUUGAAAUCAGUUAAAGCAAAAACUGUGGCUUUUUCCUUGGUGCAAUUUUUCUCAAGAGUUGGUUUCCCUUGUGAAAUCUUAACAGACCAAGGUACUAAUUUCAUGUCUAAGCUUUUGAAACAGGUUUACCAACUUCUUGGCAUAAAGAGGGUAUGCACCACUCCCUACCACCCGCAAACAGAUGGGCUGACGGAGCGGUUCAAUCAGACCCUCAAGCAAAUGCUCCGUAAGUUUGUGAAUGAGACUGGAUCUGACUGGGAUCAAUGGCUUCCCUACCUCCUCUUUGCAUACAGGGAGGUACCCCAGGCUUCCACAGGUUUUUCCCCUUUUGAACUACUGUAUGGUCAUGAGGUGAGGGGUCCCCUGCCUUAUUGA